AUUUUUAGUCGCUUACAUUCAGCUCAUCUAUUCGGAACGAAAUUUAUUAUUCGCGGCGCAAUCUCAUUUAGGUUUUGCUCUUUUUUUUACAGUGAGUGACUUGUUGUUUGUUAGCACUAAAAAAAAGAAAAUGAGAAACAACAUUGCACUGAUCAUCGCAACUACACUGGUCUUAUUGGUAAUAUUGAAGACAAGUAAUGGAAAAGUGUUUACCAGAUGUGAAUUGAAGAAAGCAUUAGAGAAGAAUAAAGUCAAUCGAAGCUUCAUAGCGCACUGGGUUUGCCUAGCUGAGAGUGAAAGUGGACGGAAUUCGUCUAUGUUGAAGAGAAAGACUUUGUACGAAAUGUAUGGCAUGUUUCAGAUUCAGAGUAACGAAUGGUGUGGCCGAAAUGGAGUAAUUGGAGGAAAUUGUUGGACGCGUUGCGAUAAUUUCCUUGACGACAAAUUGGAUGAUGAUAUUGCCUGUGCAAUGAAAGUGUUCGACAAAUAUGGAUUUAAAAAUUGGCAAGGAUGGGAAGCAAAAUGCAAGCAGCAAAAUUUACCAAAUCUCUCCAACUGUUGAAAUUUUGAUUGUGUGUUUGCUCGAAUAUAAUCAGUCUUUUGUAAGUCAUA